UUAAGCCAAGAUGGCUGAGUCAAGUGUUGUUUUCUUCACGUGAAUUAGAACGAUUCCACAAUAAUUUCUACUAAACUAAAACACCUGCCACUUAUAUUAACAUUGAAAUACUAUACCUAAUAGCUAAUCGUUCUUCUUUCCACCAGUGCUUUGUGUUGAACCGACGAUGGAUUCCCACAAGGAAAGUAAACGUAAAAAGGAUAAACACAGUGAUAGUGAUGAUUAUAGAUCAGAAAGAAGAACGAAAAAGCGUCGCUCGAGAUCUCGAACUCCAAACCAGGCAAGAGAUAACGACUCCAGACGUAAGAGGAAACAUUCCAAGUCAAGAUCUCCUGCACCCGUCAAGCAAGAGAGGCGUCGUAAUGACGCGCAAAAUGAGCCCGAGAAAUCUGUAGCUCCGGCAAGAAAGCCAAAAGAAACAGACAUGUUGAAUACCAGAACGGGUGGCGCAUACAUCCCGCCAGCUCGACUUCGCAUGAUGCAAGCGCAGAUAACAGACAAAUCGUCACCAGCGUACCAGAGACUCGCAUGGGAGGCCCUGAAAAAGUCGAUCCACGGUCACAUCAACAAGAUCAACGUGGGAAACAUUGGUAUUAUAAUUAAACAGCUUUUAAAAGAGAACAUAGUACGGGGAAGGGGUUUGCUGUGCAGGUCCGUGAUCCAAGCUCAAGCUGCAUCGCCUACGUUCACUAACGUUUAUGCGGCCCUGGUAGCUGCAGUGAACUCUCGCUUUCCUAACAUUGGAGAGUUACUACUAAAAAGAUUAGUAAUACAGUUCAAAAGAGGUUUUAAAAGGAAUGAUAAACCUAUUUGUAUAUCAUCUGCAUCGUUCAUAGCCCACUUAGUGAACCAGAGGGUUGCGCAUGAAAUUCUUGCUCUUGAAUUGCUAACUUUACUUGUUGAGACACCGACAGAUGAUUCUGUGGAGGUUGCUAUAGCAUUUUUGAAGGAAUGCGGUCAGAAGCUAACUGAGGUAUCUUCAAAAGGAGUAAAUGCAAUUUUUGAGAUGUUGAGGAACAUUUUACAUGAAGGGCAGUUGGAUAAAAGGGUCCAGUACAUGAUCGAGGUGAUGUUCCAAGUGUGGAAGGAUGGCUUCAAGGACCACCCGGCCGUGCUUGAGGAGUUGGAGCUGGUGCAAGAGGAGGAACAGUUCACUCAUCUGCUGAUGUUGGACGAUGCUACUGAUGCACAGGAUAUACUGAACGUAUUCAAAUUCGACGAAAAGUAUGAGGAAAAUGAGGAUAAAUACAAAGCUUUGAGCAACGAGAUCCUCGGGUCUGACGCUGAGUCUGGAGAAGAAGGAUCAGAUGAAGACGGCAGUGAAGAAUCUGAUGAAGACGAAGAAGAUAAAGAGAAAGCAGUAACAAUCAUUGAUAAUACGGAAACCAACCUUGUUGCUCUACGUAGGACAAUAUACUUGACUAUCAACUCUAGUUUGGAUUUCGAGGAAUGCGCUCAUAAGCUAAUGAAAAUGCAACUAAAACCUGGUCAAGAAAUUGAGCUUUGCCACAUGUUCCUAGACUGUUGUGCGGAACAGAGAACCUAUGAAAAGUUCUACGGAUUACUAGCGCAACGCUUCUGCAACAUAAAUCGUAUUUACAUCAGUCCUUUUGAAGAGAUCUUCAAAGAUUCUUAUUCUACUGCUCAUAGAUUAGAUACAAAUCGUCUCAGAAACGUGAGCAAGUUUUUUGCUCAUCUGUUAUUCACUGACUCGAUUAGUUGGGAAGUGCUUGAAUGUGUGAAGCUAAAUGAGGAGGAUACUACAAGUUCCAGUCGAAUUUACAUAAAGAUUCUGUUUCAAGAGUUGGCAGAGUAUAUGGGAUUGAAGAAACUUAAUGAUCGACUUCAGGACCCGACCCUACAGAUGGCCUUCGCAGGCAUAUUCCCGCGGGACAAUCCCAAGAACACAAGGUUCUCCAUCAAUUUCUUCACAUCUAUCGGUCUGGGAGGCUUGACUGAUGAAUUGAGAGAACAUUUGAAACAAAUGCCCAAGAAUGUUCCAGCACCUAUCACAGAGAUCAAGCUGGACUCCAGCUCCUCCAGCUCCAGCAGCUCAGACAGCUCAUCUAGUGACAGCAGUUCUAGUGAAUCAGAUGAAGAUAGCAGUAAAAAGAAAACAGAGAAGAAAGGGAAGAAAGAUAAGAAAAAGAGUAAUAAAAACCCAAAGACUCCAGAGAUUGAAGAUUCAUCAAAUCAAAAUGACAAAGUUGAAAGAUGGGGGCACGAUGGAUUCUACGAUACAUAUGGCCCAGGUGCGAGAAGGGAUGAAUCUAGACCUAAUAGAGAAAGAGAUGGCAAUACAACAGAAAUGCAAAGUUCACGACAUAAUAACAAUGAAAGGGACAGGUAUAAUGAUGGCAAUAGAAAUAACAGAGAAAGAGAUAGACGCGAAGAUCGUAGGAAAGACCCACAAGAAAAUAGAAGGGAAACAGAAAGGGAUUUCCAAAAUGAUUUUAGACAUCGACAAAAUGAUGACAGAAGAAAGAAUAAUGAUGACUCGAGCAGAAGGCAUGAUGAUAGAGAUUCUAGGGAUGAAAGAAGUGGAUAUGAGGAGUCUACUAGAAAUCGUAACGAUAAUCAUGAUAGAUAUAAUAGUAAAGAUAUAAGAAACAGGCAAGAAAAGGUAGAUGAUCAUGAUAAUGAUCAAAGAAGAGGCCGAGACCGCGAUCAUGAGCAAUCGAACCGAAGAAAUGAUGAUCGCGAUUUAGCAAGAGAAAGACGUGGUCGUAAUGAUAAACCAUAUGAACGAGAUGAAGCCGCAAGAAGUCGUGAUGAUCGAAACUACAAUGAUGAUUACCGAAAUAACCGCGGCGAUCAUGACCAAUCAGAAAAGAAUGAUGAUCGAAGUUCUAGGAAUGAAAGAAAUAAUCGUGAUGAUCGAAACAAUGGUGAUAGAUAUAAUGAAGAACUGGGCAAGAGAUAUUAUGAUAUUACAUCAGAAAGACAUAAUAAAGAAUAUGAACGUGAUGAAAGUAGAUACAGUAAUCGAGAAUUUAGAACCAAUGAUGAAAGAUACAACAAAGAUUCGAGAAAUCAGAUCAACGACGAUGAUGAUCCGAGACAAAGUUCUAGGAAGGAUGACAAUAAAACUAAUAGAUAUGACAAUGAUCGUGAUAGACGCAAUAAUGUUAGAGAUGGAAAUAAAAAUAGUUAUGAUGGCAACAGACAAACAGAGAAAAAUAGAGGCAAUAGAGAUGUUGACGAUAGUGAACUGGAUAAGAGAAGACAAGAAAAAGAUGGUAGAGAUUCAAAAAGAGACGAUGAAACACAAAAGAUAGAUCGACGUACACAAAAAAGUAAAAAUCAUGACAACAGUGACGAUGAGCAAAAUGAAAAACAAAAGAGUAAAAAUUUAGUUAAAAGAGAUAGGAUUCAGAAUGAUAGAGAAAGUCGGGAUGAUGUCGAGCUUUCUAAAAAAGCAAACAAGGAAAAUGAAAAACGUAAAGAAAAAAAUGAUGGCGAAAAAGAUUCUAGACAGAAACGGCGUGAUGAUCAGGAAAAAGAUAAAUCAAAACGUAAGAAAAAAGAUAAGUCGAAAAGUAAGAAAAAAGAUAAACGUACUAAAAAGAAAGAUAAAGAAAACUUAAAAGAUGAUUCGGACACUUCAGACAGUUCCAAUUCCUCGGACAGCUCAGAAGAUUCCAGAAACGCGAGUGGACGUUACUGGGACACGUUUGACAUUGCAAGCAAAGAGACUAGUACUAAGUUACUUCUGGAGAGUACGACGCCUGAGAAAAGUGGCAAAUACUACGAACAGAACCGGAACCGUUAAACCAUUCAAUUUUUUUUAGACUAUUUAAGAAAUAUGUAUACAUUUGUGUAUGUAAUCGUUUUAAGUUGUAAAAAUGUGUUAGAUUUAUUCUAUGAAUUUAUUUUAAUUAAAAGUUGUAAAGUCA